AUGGACCAGCGCGCGCGGAGGGCGAGGGAGAGGGAGAAGCGCCGCCUGCUCGACCUCGCUGUCGAGUGCGGCUUCGACCGUGACCUCGCCGCCAGCUGCCUCGCCCGCCUCCUCGAGGUCUACGGGGAGGAUGGUCUGGAUUUGGUUACUGUUGAGAACUGUGGCGAUGAUUUCCUUGCAUCGCUGGCUGAUGUCACACACCCUACUGAUGAUUGGGAUGAUCUCAAAGGGAUCGAGACCGAAGCAUGUGGCAACUUGAAUGAUAUGAUGAUGAAGAAUGUGCCUGACUGUAAUGGAGGAGUUGCUAUGGACAGCAGUCAUACAUCUAGAGAACCAAAUUCGUGCUCUCAACGUGCUCCGGAUCAUUUUGAAGGUUUCGAUUUUGCCUCUGAUGAUUCAGAUUUUGAAAUGGGUGAUGAAAUGGACAACCUUUGUGACAACUCUUCCAGUAUGCAAAGGCAGACACAAUCUAGAAACUCUGGAAUGCAAAGCCGAAGCUCAGCAAAAUCCACAGUGACUAGGGGAACCAACAGAUAUGAGUCAACGACUCCCACUUCAAAUAGAGAGAUGCCUCCAGCUGCAUUUCAUCAAAGGAGAGAAGUUCUGAGCUAUGAACAACUUUGUUGCCUCGAUGAUGUCAAUUUUGCCAAUGUUGUCAUCUUUGGCAACAAAAGCUUUAGGCCCCUGCAGUAUGAAGCUUGCAGAGCUGCAAUGGAUAAUCAAGACUGUUUCAUACUUAUGCCAACUGGUGGUGGGAAGAGUUUGUGUUAUCAGUUCAUGAAAAUUUAUAUUCUUGCAGCUCCCUGCAACAUUGCACCCAGGUGUCACUGUUGUUGUAAGCCCACUACUGUCGCUGAUCCAGGAUCAGAUUGUGGCAUUAACUUACAAGUUUGCGAUAUACCAGCAGCAUUCUUAAAUUCUCAGCAAACUCCUGCUCAGGCAUCUGCAGUAAUCCAAGAGCUAAGAUAUGGCAAACCAACCUUCAAACUUCUGUAUGUUACUCCUGAAAGAAUUGCCGCGAACUUUUCAUUUAUGGAGAUCCUAAGAGGCUUAGAUGAGAGGGGACUGCUAGCAAGAUUUGUGAUUGAUGAAGCACAUUGUGUAAGUCAAUGGGGACACGAUUUCCGUCCAGAUUAUCGUGGUCUAGGAUGCCUCAAGCAGAACUUCCCUAGGGUCCCAAUCAUGGCUUUAACUGCAACAGCAACUGAAUCUGUCUGUAAGGAUGUCCUCGGUGCCUUGAGGAUCCCUAAUGCUGUGAUAUUGAAAAGGAGCUUUGAUAGACUGAAUCUCAAUUACGAGGUGAUUGGCAAGACGAAAACUUCCCAGAAACAGCUGGGUGAUCUCCUGAAAGAGCGUUUCAUGAACAAAUCUGGUAUCGUGUACUGUCUCUCGAAGAACGAAUGUGCAGAGACUGCCAAGUUUUUGAGGGAGAAAUACAAGAUCAAAUGUGCACAUUACCAUGCUGGCUUGGCAGCUCGUCAGCGAACCAGUGUCCAAGAGAAAUGGCACAGUGGGGAGGUUCAGGUCAUCUGCGCUACCAUAGCCUUUGGCAUGGGGAUCGACAAACCCGAUGUGCGUUUUGUUAUCCACAACACCAUGUCAAAAUCAAUAGAAAGCUACUAUCAGGAGUCCGGGAGGGCAGGGAGAGAUGACCUUCCAGCACAUUGUAUUGUCUUAUACCAGAAGAAAGACUUCAGCCGUAUCGUGUGCAUGUUGAGGAAUGGUGACAACUUCAAGAGGGAGAGUUUCAAGGUUGCAAUGGAGCAAGCUAAGAAGAUGCAAGCAUAUUGUGAGUUGAAGACCGAGUGCCGGAGGCAGGCACUUCUGGGGCACUUUGGUGAACAGUACAACAGGCAAAGGUGCAGAGACGGCCCUAGCCCCUGCGACAACUGCCUGAAGACAUAG